AUGCAACGAUUUUCGAGAUCCCCUGUCCGAUCCUCAAAAUCAUACCGGGAGCCGCACCACGACUCUGCAAUACCUACACCACGCGAUACCGAAAGGUCUAACAAACGUGGCACUGGAACCCCUCUCACGUCUUUUCGGUCUCGUCUGUUUGGCUAUGAUGACCACAACCAAAGCCGAAGUCUAGCCCUUGGCCCCGAAGUCAGGAGACUAGGUCGCGACAGGGAAACCCACCCAUUUACCCCUUACAAUGCAGCUGGUGCCGACCAUGACCGAACAGGAUUCCAGCCUCAUCGGCCGUUCCGUAGUGCAUUUAAACACGGCAGGUUAAGUGAUCGAAAAGUUCAUCUGAACGAAUCGCGGGAGGAGGUAUCCCGCACUCCGACGGACAUAAACCCUGCCAAAUGUGAGGCCAGCCCACUACUGCAGCUUCUCCUCAAGCCCCAACAUUCUGGCACGAUAUAUUCUUCGCGUGGUGAGAAGCGACCCAUCCGCGGCAACAAGUCUGGCGACAUAGUGAAUGAUAUUGGGCACAACUACCACAAGGUGACACAGCCGCUUCGAGAGGCAGCAGCGCGCCCACAAGCCGUCGAAGUACCCCGCCAACCCCCAGCCUCCAAUGCAAAGAGCAUUGAGGAGCUCAAGGACCGCUAUGGCGAGCUGAGUGCAGCCCUACAAGCUGACGUGUCCGCCGCUCUUGACGACAGCCAUGCUACCCUCGCCGAGCGCGUGUCCGUUCUCUCCGCAAAGCAAGGAGACUUCCUCAACCGUUACGCGGAUCUGACGAUCGACUUUGGCCAGCCCCUGUCCGAGAGCUACGUCUACGAAGAACGAGAAGGCGACGCUCCCGACGAGAAGAUCUUCGUCGGAGAUGUCGUGGCCGAGCUGCAGGAACACCUCGUUGAGACAGAGAAGCGUCUCGCUGAAGAGUGGGAGCGGUGGGACGAGUGCAAGGCCGCCGAGGAGAGGGCAGCUGCUUCGUUGAUCCAGGAUCUGAAAGCCAGGCCAGACCUUCAUGGGAGACUGGACUGCGAGGUGAAGAAGUGGGAGAAGGAGAUGCAGAGACUUGGCAAGAGAGCUGCUGACAAGAUGACCCAGCUUGAAAAGGUGCGUGGCCUCAUACCCACUGUUCGUUCUGGGACACUGACGGUUUUCACUCCAAAGUCACUGGAGAGGGAGCGUAACGAUGCGAUUCGGCGGAGCGCUGCAAGUUUCGAGCUUGAGCUCAGACAGUUUCGCUGA